AUGAAUUCUCUGAUACAUCAAUCUGAGGUGCUAUCCAUUACUCCACCGUGCCUCAAACAUUACUCCACCGUGCCUCCAAACUUACUCCACCGUGCCUCCACCAUUACUCCACCGUGCCUCCAAUCUUACUCUACCGUGCCUCCACCAUUACUCCACCGUGCCUCCAAACUUACUCGACCGUGCCUCCAACAUUACUCCACCGUGCCUCCAAACUUACUUCACCGUGCCCCCACCAUUACUCCACCGUGCCUCCAACAUUACUCCACCGUGCCUCUAAUCUUACUCCACCGUGCCUCCAACAUUACUCCACCGUGCCUCCAAACUUACUCCACAGUGCCUCCAACAUUACUCCACCGUGCCUCCAAAAUUACUCCACCGUGCCUCCACCACUACUCCACCGUGCCUCCACCAUUACUCCACCGUGCCUCCAAACUUACUCCACCGUGCCUCCAACAUUACCCCACCGUGCCUCCAAUCUUACUCCACCGUUCCUCCAAACUUACUCCACCGUGCCUCCAAAUUUACUCCACCGUGCCGCCGAAAUGA